AUGAGGGAUCCGACACCCAGCUCAGACGCCAGCCUGCAAUUUAGACACAACCUGAUCAAACUUCUCACUGUACUAUUAGAAAACACCACAGCAAUGCCAUUCCGGUGGUGCGCCAAUAAAUACAUGUGUUUCUUUUGCUGUUGCACCUUCAUAGACAGCUCGAAACUGAAAGAACACACCAGAGAAGAACACCAAAGUCCCAAAUUGAAGAACGUCCUUAAAAGAUGUAUAAGAAAUAGCACGAUCAAACUAGAUAUAUCCGAAAUAGCUUGUAAAAAAUGUCCAAAAACAAUAAAGAAUUUAGAUGAUUUUCUGGAACACGCGGCGGUGGUUCAUGAAUUGGUAUUUAAUAGGGAAGUCAGUGCACACGUGUUUACGUUCAAACUGUCAGAUGAAGGUAUGAAUUGCCACGAAUGCGGGCAAAGUUUCCGAUUCUUCGGUCCAUUGUUAAAGCACGCGCAUCGUUACCACAAUAAAUCCAGUCCGUUCCUUUGUGAAAUUUGUGGACGAGGUUUCGUCGGCAGGGCGAACGUGGACAGCCAUAUAAAACAUACUCAUUCAGGGACACAGAACCAAUGCAAAAAAUGCCAGGAUGUAUUCCCUACACUGCACUCUCUGAAGACACAUUAUGAGAAGGUUCAUAAGAGAAUGAAAUGUCCGAAGUGUCCAGAAGUUCUCGGUAGUAGAUAUUUGAGGAAACGACACUUGGCAUUGGUACAUGAUGUUCAAACGUCCCAAUUCCAUUGCGACGAAUGCCCUCGAAUGUUUACAGAGAAGAGCAAACUGGUGCAGCAUAAGUCAAGGAUACAUCUGAAAGAGAAGACUGUGACAUGCGAAAUUUGUGGCUUUAAGGUUUUCAAUAAAGAAUCUCUGAGGAGACAUAUGGUUAGGCACGACGAUUCAAGGCCGUUCGAAUGCGAGAUCUGUAAAAAGGCGUUCCAAAGAAAGAAGACCUUAGACUUCCAUAGAAGAAUACAUACAAACGACAAGAGAUACGUUUGUAAAGAUUGUGGGAAGGCAUUCGUGCAGGUGACCAGUUUGAAGUUGCACAUUCGAGUUCAUCAUUCGACUAUUAAUGAGAGUACUACGUGGAAUUGA